GUUAAAAGAUUGGCAAGUAGCCAUGCCCACUGUACUUAUGCCGACACGUGAUUCACUGACCAAUUAAAUUAAAGGGCCACAGCUACAAGCACGAACACAGGUACACCACCAGAAUUUCCAGAGAAGAUUUUCACGUUUGUGAGAAGUGAGAAAGGAGAAAGAAAGCUACAAGCAGUGAGAAAGAUGGGGAGAGGGAAAGUGGUGAUGAAGAGGAUCGAUAACAAGAUCAACCGGCAAGUGACGUUUUCCAAACGCCAGCUGGGUCUGUUCAAGAAAGCUCAGGAGCUCUCUGUGCUCUGCGAUGCGCAAGUUGCCCUUAUCGUCUCCUCCAGCGGCGGCAAGCUCUUCCACUUUGCCAGCACCAAUAAUGCAAACGAUAUUCUCAAUCGGUACCACCGAUACUGCAAUACCUCACAAGACAAUAAUAAUGUUGCAGAGGACGAAACACAGAAUUUAUAUCAAGAGGUCUCAAGAUUGAAAGUCAAAUAUGAUUCUCUUCAGCGUUGGCAUAGGCAUUUUAUUGGAGAAGAUCUUGAAAAUCUUCGUCUGAAAGAAUUGGAAGACCUUGAGAAGCAGCUCGAUAGAACUCUUUCACGAGCUAGACAACGGAAGACGCAGAUGAUGUUAGAUCAAUUAGAAGCACUACGCGGAAAGGAGAGUGAUCUUGAAGAGAUAAAUAGGCAUCUCAAAUCCGAGAUUGAAGAAAGGGUAAAACAUGGUGGCAAUGAUGAAGGUAAUCAGGAAGCAUCAAUUCAAGGUCGUCCAGUAGGAGAGCCAACUGUAGCUGCUGUUGCUUCUGAUGAAAAUAUUUCUACUAAUUAAAACGCGCUCUGCAAAUGGUAAUGAAGAGCCCACCUUAUGCUUAUGAAUAUGGUAAAGACCUCCGGUACAUGAAUUUGAAACUUCUCGUCUUUGUUAACAGUACUCCACAGUAGAAACCUUAACCCUAAUUUUUUUGCAAUAUUUGAACAGUUCCAGUGUGAACAGUCCAGUGUGUACACAAAAUAAUAAAAUUCUUAAACUGAUACUGAUAUGUUAUUUGUAUGGUUUCAUUAGAUUGUCAUGAUCUAGGUUGGUUUGGUGACUAGGGUCAUUAAUUCCAA